UCCUUCUCCUUCUCCGUCUCUCUCUCUGAAAAAAAAAACACGAAACACAAACACAACAACAACAACAAAAAUGCUCUCAUUCUCUUCCACACAAACCAAACCUUCUCCUCUCACUCCAAAUCUCUAUCUAUCUUCUCACUCAAUCUCUCACUCUCUUAUCACACCUUCUUCCACUCGCAAACCCCAAAAAAUCCAGACCCAUCUUAAUCUCCAACGCCUCAGAGUUCGAGCCAUCGACGCAGCUCAGCCUUUUGACUACGAGACCCGAAUCAAAACCCAUUACCAAAAAUCCAACACCCUCAAAAUCGCCAUUAUUGGGUUCGGCAAUUUCGGCCAGUUCUUGGCCAAAACUUUCGUUCAACAAGGCCACACAGUCCUCGCCCAAUCUCGCUCUGACUACUCCAAAGUUGCAGAAAACGUCGGCGUUUCAUUCUUCACAGACCCACAUGACCUCUGUGAGCAACACCCAGAAGUUGUUCUUCUCUGCAUUUCAAUUUUGUCCACUGAAAAGGUAAUCAAGUCGUUCCCUUUUCAGAGGCUGAGAAGAAAUACCCUGUUUGUUGAUGUUCUUUCAGUCAAAGAAUUUCCAAGAGAUUUGUUUUUGAAGUAUUUGCCUGAUGAGUUUGAUAUUCUUUGCACACACCCAAUGUUUGGACCAGAGAGUGGUAAAAACUCAUGGGUUAAUCUUCCUUUUGUGUAUGACAAGGUUAGAAUUGGAAAUAAUGGGUUUAGGUUCAAUAGGUGUGAGAAAUUUUUAGACAUUUUUGGUAGGGAAGGUUGCAGGAUGGUUGAAAUGUCAUGUGCAGAACAUGACAAGCAUGCAGCAGGGUCACAAUUUGUGACCCAUACAAUGGGGAGGGUGUUGGAGAAGUUUAAAUUGGAGUCUUCACCAAUUAAUACAAAAGGGUAUGAGACUUUGUUGAAUUUGGUGGAGAAUACAUCUGGGGACAGCUUUGAUUUGUAUUAUGGGUUGUUUAUGUAUAACAAGAAUGCAAUGGCGCAGUUGGAGAGGUUGGAUAUGGCAUUUGAGGCUCUUAAGAGAGAGUUGUUUGGGCAUUUGCAUGAGGUUUGUAGGAAGCAGUUGUUUGGGACUGCAGAAGCAGUUGAAAUUCCAAGAGAAGAAGAGCCUGCCAAGUCACAGAAAUUGCUUCCAGUUGGUGCUCAAAAUGGAAGCAAUGUUGUUACUCAAAAUCGAAGCGGUGAGGCUCCUUGGAACGGUGCUCAUGAAGGUUACAAAGAUAGUGCUCCUCUCGAUUCUGCUUCUGUGUCUCUAAGAUAAUAUGCUCUGUUUCUAGAGUAGGAGAAGUUGUGCUUAUGCAUCUAUUUAUGCUCAAGUAAUUAGAAUUCUAGCUGUGCUGAAGAAGAUCUUUGUUUCUUUGUUGUUGCUAUUUUUCUUCUGUUUGUAUGAAGAAAGUAAUGAAGAUCUCAAAUUUUGAGAGAAUGUAGUUGUUCAGCAUUGCAACAUGAUUUUCAGUCAGAUAUUUGCUUUGGCAUUCUCCUAAAAUUGAUUGAUAUAUGGCUUUU